GUGGCAACCCCAAAAUCAUGACUUGGAAAAUAUUUGUUUGAGUGGUUAGGAUUGUUGUGCCGAUUUUAUUCAUAAUUUCUUCCGUAACUCACUUCUAUCCUUUCAUGUGGUAGCUGAAACAAAGCUCCAGCAUGACCAUUACAAAGAUGGACGUGGACCCCGUGAAGGGGGAGGGCUUCAGGCCCUACUACAUCACUAAGAUCGAGGAGCUUCAACUGAUCGUGGCGGAGAAGUCCCAGAAUCUGCGGCGACUGCAGGCGCAGAGGAACGAGCUCAACGCGAAGGUCAGGAUGCUGCGCGAGGAGCUGCAGUUACUCCAGGAGCAGGGCUCCUACGUCGGCGAGGUCGUCAAGCCCAUGGACAAGAAGAAGGUUCUCGUCAAAGUCCACCCUGAGGGUAAAUUCGUAGUGGACCUCGACAAGAACGUGGACAUCAACGACGUGACGGCAAACUGCCGCGUGGCGCUGCGCAACGAGAGCUACACGCUGCACAAGAUCCUGCCCAACAAGGUGGACCCGCUGGUGUCGCUCAUGAUGGUGGAGAAGGUGCCAGACUCCACGUACGAGAUGGUGGGCGGCUUGGACAAGCAGAUCAAGGAGAUUAAAGAGGUUAUCGAGCUGCCUGUGAAACAUCCUGAGCUGUUUGAUGCCCUUGGUAUUGCUCAGCCUAAAGGAGUGUUACUAUACGGGCCUCCCGGCACAGGGAAGACGCUGCUGGCUCGCGCGGUCGCUCACCACACUGAGUGCACCUUCAUUAGGGUGUCUGGAUCAGAGUUGGUGCAGAAAUUCAUUGGAGAGGGAAGUCGUAUGGUGAGAGAACUCUUCGUCAUGGCGAGAGAGCAUGCCCCCUCUAUCAUCUUUAUGGACGAAAUUGACUCCAUUGGUUCCUCUCGUAUCGAGUCAGGCAGUGGAGGAGACUCAGAAGUGCAGAGGACCAUGUUGGAGCUGCUGAACCAACUGGAUGGUUUCGAAGCAACAAAAAACAUCAAAGUCAUCAUGGCUACUAACAGAAUUGACAUCCUCGACCCUGCGUUGCUGAGACCCGGUCGUAUUGACAGGAAGAUUGAGUUCCCCCCACCAAACGAGGAAGCCCGUUUGGACAUCCUGAAAAUUCACUCUAGGAAGAUGAACUUGACUAGAGGCAUCAACCUGCGCAAGAUUGCCGAGCUCAUGCCGGGUGCGUCUGGUGCGGAGGUGAAGGGAGUGUGCACGGAGGCGGGCAUGUACGCCCUGCGCGAGCGGAGAGUGCACGUCACUCAGGAGGACUUUGAGAUGGCGGUGGCGAAGGUCAUGCAGAAGGAUUCCGAGAAGAAUAUGUCUAUCAAGAAGCUCUGGAAGUAAAAUGUGUUUUCAUGUAUUGCUUUUUAAUUGUAUUUAGGAAAUUAUAAGUCUCUUUUGUAAUGUAAACUAAA